CACUCCAGCUGCUCUCAGACUGAUCCUCACUCUCCAAUCUCCGUAAACCUCAACCUCGGUGUCAUCAUGUCUGAAGUCCAGCAAGCCAUGCUCCUACUCAUCAGCGCCUUUCAUAGAUACUCUGGCAAAGAGGGGGACGACCUCUCCCUGAACAGGGGCGAGCUGAAAGAUCUGCUUGAGAAUGAACUCAAAGAAAUGCUGGGGAAAUCCAAUGACCAGGCCGCAAUCGAUCGCAUCUUCAAGGAACUGGAUGCAAACAAGGACAACAAAGUUGACUUCGCAGAGUAUGUGGCGCUGGUGUGCAGCCUCACGCAGAUGUGCCACGAGUUCUUCGUGACCAGGAAGAAGUAAGGACCCGAGCGCCACCUGGAGGCCAACACAGAGAGGUCCCUUUCUGUGAAAAAAGUUUCUCUAGCAAGCUGUUCUGAUAAAAGAAUAAAUAUUUAAUACUGCUUGAAGGUACUUACGUGAAAAAAAAUAAUUCAAAAGUAUGUCUUAAUGCAAAAUUAAAUAAACGUUUCUUUUUCUUCUUUGAAA